GCAUCCUACAACUGGAGGCCCGUGGAACACUAGAGCACAGGAUAGGUUCAGCAAUGGUAUAUCCAGCUCGUAAGCAUGUUCUGAAGACGUUCAAGAAGCUGGUAGAGUCCCUACCGCCGCAGGACAGACUUAAGCCUCAAGUCAUUGUCCUAGUAGGGGAAUCAACUCCCUUCAGGAAUGACACCGACAGGGAAAUGCUGUUCCGGCAGGAAUCCAACUUUUACUAUCUGUCAGGUUGUCCUGUCCCGUCGUCGUACCUGCUCUUGACCUACCAUGUUGGGACUUCCUUGGAAGAGGUCCCCUCCAUCGACCUCUUCAUCCCUCCUAUCGAACCAGCCGACCUGAUGUGGUCGGUCCCGCCACCGACAAGGGAUGAGGCAGCACAAUUGUACGAGACAACCCUGGUAUCCCACACUUCUGAUCUCGCCGACAAAAUCGAAGAAGUACACACAGCGCUUCCCGACGCCAUAUUCCACGUCCUACCCAAAGCGUCCCCGCUAUUCCCGCUCCCCCCUCCCCCGAUUACAGCGUUCGAGGCUACGGGGCGUGCCGUUGUAACUGAUGAAUAUCUCCUGUCUGCGCUGCACCGAGCGCGACUGACGAAGACUGAGGAAGAGGUUGCGCUGAUCCGGAAAGCGAACAAGAUCAGCUCUGAGGCACAUGAAGUCGUCAUGAGGGUUCUCGGUCAGGCUGUGAAGGGAAAGAUCGCUAAGGCGAAGGGUGCUGGGGUCGAGAGACCUCUCCUGCCUGGGGAAUGGCUUAUCGAGAAGGAGGCAGAAGCCGAAGCAGUGUUCGUAGCUACUUGCAGAAGACAAGGUGCAAGUCACCAAGCGUAUCUCCCUAUUGUUGCCGCCUCGACGCGCGCGGCGACUCUCCAUUAUUGCUGCAACGACCGAGAGUUCGCCUGGGGACCCGUGAAACCCCAUGACCACCAGAACAAGGACCAUUUUUCAAAUGGCGCUGACAAAGAGCUAAACCCGCAGGUGCUGCUCAUCGAUGCCGGCUGUGAAUGGAAUUGCUAUGCUGCCGAUAUCACGCGAACCAUGCCCGUUGGGAAUGGUGGAAAGUUCACCCCCGAAGCGCACGAGAUCUACUCGCUCGUCCUAGAAAUGCAAAAGGCCUCCUUUGACAUCCUCCGACCAGGCCUUCACUGGGACGCGGUCCAGCUUCUCUGCCACCGCGUCCUCGUCCGGGGCUUCCAGCGCCUCGGCAUCUUCAAGUCGCCCAGCUCCCCCAACUCGGGGUCAUGGAACUCGGAAGAGGCGAUCAUCGCAUCUGGCGUGAGCGCCGCAUUCUUCCCGCACGGCGUGGGCCACUCGCUGGGCAUGGACGUGCACGACGUGCCGAGCGCGAGCAAGCCCAAGGUGAAUGAUACGAUAAAGGGGACGGAGCUCGGCAAUGAGGCGUUCUACACGUACUUGAGGCUGAGGCUCCCACUGGAGGAGGGGAUGGUCGUGACGGUGGAACCGGGUAUUUACUUCCACAAGCAUUUGCUUGCCAAUGUGCGGGACUCGAAGCAUGUCGACCACGAGGUGCUGAAGCGGUAUGAGUCCGUGGGCGGCGUACGCAUCGAAGACGUCGUUCUGAUCACCAAGGAUGGGUAUGAGAAUUUGACUACUGUCCGCAGCGAUGUGGACUGGGUUGAGGGUGUCUGCUCGGGGGAAAUCUGAUGAGGGGAUGAACUGACACUUUGUAUCUUAUGUGCCAUGCGUAUCUUGGUUGACGUUUGUAUCAAGUACUUGCAUUGCUGAACCUUAUAAUUCACA